UGGCUCCGCUCAGCGCUCUCCGCUCCUCUCCGCUCCCAGCAGCAGCGACAGCAGUGGACGCAGCGAGCGCCCAGCCCUCAACCACCAGCACCAUCUUUAGAAAGAGCAUCGUCCAGCUCUCGCUCUAAUGGCCACCGCAGCCUGAGCCCUCUGAGCCUAGAACCCGACCCAGUGCCGGGAGAGGAAGAGCUGGGCAGCUGAGGCAGCGAGAGCCCCUCACACACCAGGAGCCUUAGCCAGCCGGACCGACAGAGACAGCUGCACACACACACACACACACACACACACACACACACAGAGUGCAUGAGUGUGUGUGUGUAUGGGAGUGUGUGAGGGAUCAGGAUGAGCUCAGUGGAGAAGCGCCAUGGCAGUGGUCGCCGUGGCAGCGGGCCGCGUCUGUCGGAUGCCUUCAGUGACUCGUCCAGCUCAGGCAGCUUCCUGGACGACGCCGACCGCGAGGUCAGCAGCCUGACGGAGCGCGCCUUCCGCUCGCUCUGCAUCGGCGACGAGGCCGUCUACAGCGACGCGCACCUUGGCUCCUCCCCCCAUGAGCGACAACGCGCCUUCGCACAAGAGGCCCCCGCCCACUCCGACGCCGCCCCCAAGCAGGCGGCCAAUGAGACGCUGUCGCUCGCCGGCGGGGGGUGGGGCUCGGAGGUGUCCGGAACAUUCCAGGGCUGGCUGGCAGAAUCAACGCUGAUGCAACAGCAGCAGCAGCAGCAGCUGUCGGGCCUUAGCAACGGCUCCACGGAGAUCGCCUGGCAACAGAAGCGUAGCACGUCGCGCGUCUCCUCCCUCAUCAAGGCCUUCGGCGGCGGCGGCGGGGGCGGGGACGCCUUCUACGACCCCAUGACCCCUGAUGCCAUGGCAACCAGGGACAAAUGGCAGGAGGGAGGCGAGGUCUGGGACCGCUCGGCCCUGAUGAGUCUGCACCAUGAGCUGGCCGAGUUCUCCGCCUACCAGCAGGGCUUCCGGACGGCGGACGCGGACCCCAGCGGUUCCGGAAGCUUCCUGCGGACGGCCAAGCUGAAGGCCAGCGGGCGCUUCCACGCGCUCAGCUCGACCAACAUGUUCCUGCACAGCGAGUUCAGCCCGUUCCGCGCCUGGAGCGACUACAAGCGCGUCCUCUCCCGCCAUCACGCUGUCGUCGCCACCGGCGACGUCCCCCGCUGGUACGACUCGCCGCUCUACAAGGAGCUGACCUCCGCCGCGCCCCCGCAGGGGUCACAGGGUCAGAGGUCACAGCGCCGGGCCGCGGAGGACUGGGCUCAGCAGAUGCACGCUCACACGCGCGGCGGCGGAACCACGCAGAAGGCCUGGGCCGUGGAGAAGCGUUGCGAGUCGGAGCUGACCGGCAACGGGGCGCCGUGGAAACGCAUCAGCGGCGGCGCCGUCGGGCCCGUCCUUGGGCGGAGCAAGCUGCCGGGGCUCCGCCCCUCCACCGUCUCCCCGAGCGCCGAGCAUCACAGGCGCCCCAACUCCGCCUUCGUCUCCGCCGCCGCGGCCAGAGGUGCCGAGCCGCCGUACCCGCCCGUCAUGGACGACCCGCUGCCUAGCAACACCACCACCCCGCUGCCUAGCGACUGUGCCACCCCCUUCAGCAUCUCGCAGCUGCUCACGCCCGUGCUGCCCGCCACGCGGCAGGGCACCGACACCUCAGAGGUGCUGCGCGGGGCGGCCCUGUCGCCCCCGACGACGGCGGCGGAGCUGGAUGCGGAUGCGGUGGAGAUGCAGCAGCAGCGCCCCCUGGUGGAGGUGCGGCAGGUGCGCGGGGACAGCUACAAGGCCCGCGCCUCCAGCCUGCUCUUCAACCUCAAGGACAACCGCAAGCGCGUCAAGAGCACCUACAGCCCCACGCGCUUCAGGGGCGCCGAGCUCACUGACCGCAGCCGCCAGCCCUCGCAGAUGGACGCCCCCCACCCCGAGCACCCCCCCCACGCUGACCACCCCCCCCCACCCCGAGUAACCACCACUGAGCUAUCUGCCCCGUCCUCACCCCUGGACCCUGCGGGUGAGGUGCCCGCACCCCUAAAGCCCUCCGUCACCACCGAUCUGCCCCCAAGCCCCCUUCUGCCCAGCACUGAGGAGUUACCCCCCACAAUUGCCCCAGAGGGGGGCAGUGAUCCAGUCCUGCCCCCUCCUGUUGCACAGGGGCGACAGAAAGACUUGGCUGAUACCAACGGCUCUUGUGACUUCUUGGCAGCCGCUGGCAGGGUGCCGGAUUACGGUGACGUCGGAAGGACCCAGGUCAUGGGCACUGCCCAUAAAGAUGCCAACAGGAGCCUCAGUGCCAACCCCGACUCCACCGUGGGCAGGUACGGCUGGGGUUGGCAUCAGACGGGGGGCGCCAGCGGCGUCACCAGUGAGGGCAGCAGGGUGACAGCCCCACACACAGACACACACCCUGCAUACACAGCCCCACACACAGACACACACCCAGGAUACACAGCAGCACACACAGACACACACCCUGCGUACACAGCAGCCGGUCCACAGAGAGAGGCUGAACAAAACUCCCGAGUGCCUCAAAUGAACCAGACACCUGGACAGAAACAGAACAACUCUCAUUCGGAGAGAGUGGCUCCGCCUUCCUCUCAAGGCACAGCCAAUCAGAGCUCUGAAGCCACUCGCUCACACACACUCGACCAGGAGAGAGACCGGAGUGUGAGGAUGCAGGUCGAUAGGAGCGGCUACAAGAACAGGAGCUCGUCCAGACAAGAGCAGAGUCAGGAAUAUAGCUCCGCCCAGAGUAACAAGAGUCAGGAGUAUAGCUCCGCCCAGAGUAACAACAGUCAGGAAUAUAGCUCCGCCCAGAGUAACAAGAGUCAGGAAUAUAGCUCCGCCCAGAGUAACAACAGUCAGGAGUAUAGCUCCGCCCAGAGUAACAAGAGUCAGGAAUAUAGCUCCGCCCAGAGUAACAUAAAGAGUAAGGAGUAUAGCUCCGCCCAGAGUAACAAGACUCAGGAGUAUAGCUCCGCCCAGAGUAUUGCCAGGAGUCAGUAUAGCUCCGCCCAGAAUAUUGCCAGGAGUGAGGAGUACAAUCCUGGCCUGCAGGCUUCUUCGACAGAGCCACUAUACACAGCCAACAGCCGGCUAAACACAAGCAAGCACAUCACAGCCAACAACAAGCUUAAUGUAAACAGCCAACCCAAAGACAACAGCAGUCAGCUGACUGUCAGUCAUCAAAUAACAAAUAACAGCCAGCCAACAAACAACAUCCAGACACCCACCAAGACAGCUCAGGACUUCAACACAGCACAGCAGCAACAGCCAGUGACCAGCAGCCAGACUAUGAAGCAAAGCCUGGCCGUUAAGCAGCCAACAGCCAAUCAGAUCCAGUCUCUGGCUGAUAAGCAGCCAACAGCCAAUCAGAGCCUGGCUCUGGCCAAUAAGCAGCCAACAGUCAAUCAGCAGCUUCCAGUCAAUAAUCAAUCCUCUCUCAGCAAACAGCCAGAAGUUGCCAAGCAGUCAACAGUCACUAAACAGUCAGUAAACAACCAGCAAACAAUAAGUAAGCAGGAAACAGUAACCAACCAGCAACCAGACAAGAGUCAGCCCGUGGUAGCCAAGACACCUGUAGUCAACAAUGCCCAACCUAUAAACAAGCCACCAGGUAUCAACAGCCAAUCUACUACCAGUAGCCUGCAGGGUGUAUAUAGCCAACCUCCAAUCAGUAACCAGCAGGGAGUGAAGAGCCAACCUCCAAUCAGUAACCAGCAGGGAGUGAAGAGCCAGCCUCCAAUCAGCAGCCAGCAGGAAGUGAACAGCCAUUUAACAACCGCAAACCAGGAACCUGCUGUCACUGAACCACAAGUGGCCAUCAGUGAUCAGCACAACAGCAAACAAACACUACUCAGCAGCCCACAACCCAUCAAUGCUAAAGCAGACCCUGCUGAUAAGCACCCUGGGCCGGUGGCCAAGCAGCCACCCAGCAGCAGGACUCAGACUGCAGACCUUGUGCAUGACACCAUGCCUUCUUCCCACACACAGACCUCGCAACUCAACUCCCCACUCACAUCCAAUCAGAAGCAGCCAUACACUCUAUACACAACCAAUCAGAAACAGGUGAAUGCUCCACACACAACCAAUCAGAAUCAACAAUUAAGCACCACUCUUAUGUCCAAGCAGAAUCAACAGGUAAACCCUGUGUUACCAGUCAGUCAGAAAUUGCCAAAUCCUCCAUUCACAAUCAAUCAGAAACAGGCAGGUUAUCCACUCACAACCAAUCAGAAUCAACAGCUGAACCCUCCAUUUUCAACCCCACAAUAUAAACACUUAAACCCUACUCUCACAGCCAAUCAGAAACAGCUAGACCUCACUCAAACAGCCAGUCAGAAACAGACAAACCUUACUCUCACUGCCAAUCAGAAUCAACAGCCACAUCUCACCCCCCCUGCCCCUCCAACCAAUCAGAAUCCACAACCUCCCCAGGAGCUAAUGGCAGGGGAUGUGGAUGAGGCAGGGCGGAGCUUAUCGCAGCCAAACAAAGAAGAGCGUUUCAGCAUCAGUGACAUCCUGUCCAUUCGAGACAAGGAGCUGAUGCGACGUGAGCGUCUGAAGGAGAUUCGUCAAGGCCUGGGAGACGUCACACAGCCAGCCAAUCAGAGAGGCCCUGAGCACACACCUGACAGGAAGGGCGAUGGGAAAGAGAGGUCUGCUGCGAAUGGAGGACUCCCACAAAAAGAAAACGAUACUCUGAGAAACCCUGAGAUGAAGGAGCGGUUUGAACAGGGUGUAAACACUAGGCGAGAGUCUGCUGAAAGAGAAAAGACAAUGGGAAAAACAAUCUCCAUCAAGGAGCGAGCCCAAACCAAACAAGAGCUCCUGACGUCCAAAGUGAAAGCACACGCUCAGAAAGAGAUAUCAGCCCUGAAGGAGAAGGGCUUUAUGACCAGGAAUGCCCCCAAACCGCCCCCUGCAGUAGCCAGGGAGAAAGUGCCUGAACAACCUCCACCUGUGAAGAAGGAAAUCACCGCCGACAAACUCAACCACCUGUUCAAAGAUCUCACAAGGUACGGAGAACCCAAACAACCGGAGGUGGAGGACACGUGGCAGGUCCAGCUGCCUGAGACCCACGUCUUAGAACCGUCAGCUUCAGCAGCGCUGACCAGUGACACGCAGCCAGCACAGCCGCCGCCAGUGGGUGCAACAGUUACCAACGCGCCAGGGGACAUGGCCGUCAACGACCCAGGUCAAGCGCCGGUCCAUCUCGGGUCAAACACCGUGAAGGAUGAACAUUCUCUCAAAGAGAGAGAUGCGGCAGUACCGCGUCCCGCGUCCAAGUCGACAGUUUCCCUUCAGGCUAAACCUGUGGGAGCAGCUCAGACAGGUGUGCAUUCCCGUGAAACUUCGGAGAAACAGGAGACUGGAUCUAUUGCCGAGCAGAGUAGAGAUGUAGAGAAGGCCACCAUGAGUGAGCAGCACCUUGCCCAGAGGGAGCUGAGAGGCAAGCACAACACACCUGCAGCGGAGCUGUCACCGGCACACGAAGAUGAUGCUGUUCACACCAAGGGACAUGAGGGGAAAGAACCAGUAACAAAGGAGAAAGAGCAGACACAGGAAGGGUUGUCUCCUGCUUCAGGACAGAAGGAGAUCUCCAAUGCCAGAGCCAGUGCAGCCAAGGAAAGUACUAAAUCUGGCAUCAAAGGAAGUGAUGGCCAGCCUGAUAAAGAACAGGGUCCACUGAAUGAGAGGAUGCCCUCUGAACCCAAACAUGGGGCAGCAGGUGAACCAGCUGACACCACUAGAAAUGCUAACAAAGCUAUGCUAAUGGGAACAGGUGGCCAAAACAACAAUGAUCAACAGCUGAAAGACACAGCAGCCUCCAAGAAGAACCAGGCUUCUAAAUACACAGGAAACAACGCCAAACAGAAUGAGACACCUUACCAAUCAAAAUCUGGUAUCACAAAAUCCUUGCCCGUACCUGUCCAACCAAAAGCAGAGACUGUGGAAGCUUUACCUUUGACCCUUCAGCAGCAAUGUGCAGAGCAAGAGAGGCCACAAAAAGGAACGGAUCAGAUGUCCAGUCAGAGUGAGUGGAAUGAACCUAAUGUCCAAUCAACACCAGCAGAUCCUGUUGCCCUCAAAGCCCAUUUCCCAGAGAAACCUGAGAUGACCACCAUGGACUCUGUCAAGGUGGAAGAAACCGCUGAUGCUAUCAAAGCAAAUACAGAGGAGACCAGUGAGAGAGCGUCACAGGGAGAGGAUGAUAGGGCAUUCUUCCUGGAGAUCCAGUCAGUUAUCAGCUAUGUGAAACCACCCAGUGUCUGGGCAGAGGAGAGAAGAGACGCACAGCACAGCAAGCCUUAUGAGGGCAGCACUUCUCAAAAGGACAAAUGCCAGGAGGAACCCAAACUAGAACAGCAUAAAGAACAGCAGGAAGAUCACAAGCAAGAACAGCAGAUUGAACGAGAGAAAGAACAGUUGAUAGAAUGCAAGCAAGAAGAAAAGCAAGAACACCAGAAACAACCCAAAGCAGAACAUCAGCGGGAGCAACAGAAAGAACACAAGCAAGUCGAUGAGAACGUACUCGUGCCAAAAGUCGGAGAGAAGAUGAUCGGUGAAGGCGAAAUAGCAGAAAGAAAAAAUGCUGGGCCACAGAUCAUUACGGAGGGGGAGACCCACAAGAAGGAGAACCUUGGUUCUAUGGGAAAGGAGGAGGCUCCAGGGAAGAUGCUGGGAGAUUCUGGAAAUGCUGACUGGAAGGAGAAAGCACUGGUCAGUGGACCAGGCAGAAAAGCAAAUAUGAAACCCAGUGACAACCACAAACCCCAUCUAGAGAACAUGGAGGGCAGUAUAGCCAGUGCUAAGGCUAAGCAGGAUGUAAUAGUGCCCCCUAGAGGUGGCUCUGAGCUCAGCAGGCACUCGGAGGAGAGGAAUGAGUCUGCAGGUUGGAGGAUGAGAGAGGGGGAGGCAACCAUGUGGAACGCAGAAACACACACCAGCAGGCCCACGAAGCAGAGGCAAACACACACUGAACACAGUGGGAGUGCAGUCGGGAACACCACAGGAGAGAGUAGAGAGAAAACACACACCUCAAACUCAACCAAAGGGGACACCUCAGAUCUCAAACCCCCAGCAAACUCAACCAAAGGAGAUGCCUCAGAUCUCCAACCCCCAGCUAACUCAACCAAAGGAGAUGCCUCAGAUCUCAAACCCCCAGCAAACUUAACCAAAGGAGAUGCCUCAGACCUCAAACCGCCAGCAAACUCAACCAAAGGAGAUGCCUCAGGUCUCAAACCCUCAGCAAACUCAACCAAAAGGGAAGCCUCAGAUCUCAAACCCCCAGCAAACUCAACCAAAGGGGACGCCUCGGAAUCUAAACCUACUACAGAAUCCAGAAAUUGUCCAACAACCAGAGAUGCCUCUCAGUCUAAAUCUGCUGCAGAUAUCACAUAUAGAUCCACUGAAACCGCUGCACCGAUACCUACUGCAGAAACACCCAAGAAGCUUAGAGAUGCCCCUAACCUUAAAUUCACCACAGAUGUUCAAACUGCAACCCAGAAAAUGAGAGGAAAAGCUGACCCUAACCUCAAUGCAGAUGUCAAGACGCAGGAAAAAAGAGGAGACUGUUCUGUAAACCUCAUAGAUGAAACACAGAGAAGAGGAGAAGCUCCUGAAUCUCAAACAACAACACAGGAAACACAGAGAACCAAACAAGAUGCCCAUGGAUUUAAAAACAAUAUUGCAGCCCAGAAAGAUAAACCUCAGAGUAUCUCAUCAGAUGCAUCUGGAUCUGAACCCACAGCGAAGCUCAGGGCCACAACAGGGCAGCAAACAGGCUCAAGGCCUGCCCAGGAGCCCAUAGUGGAGCAGGCAGCACACACACCCACCAGAGAGGAAGCUGGAGAUACCACUGAAUCCCGCACUGGUGUCAAAAGCCCUCCCGACCACAGGAACACCAACAUAGACCUGCAGAGACGCCCGACAGAGAGACGAGAGGAGACUAAACCCAACAAGCCAGCGGGGAGCAAUAUGAACACCCCUGCCAAGCCACUGGGGAAAGAUACAGAGAGACGAGAGAAGACUAAACCCAACAAGCCAGCGGGGAGAGAUACAAAUGCCCUUGCCAUGGCACAGGCAACAAUAAGAAGCUCACUGAAGGACAAUGUAGAUGCCAUGGUGGACGGCUCACAGCCAGGUGGGCAUCCCCCACAGGCAGGAGGGGAUGCUCGUGCAACAGAGAAAGAGAGAGGAGGAAAAGAGAGAGGACAGUCCAUCGAGCGACAGAGAGGAGGGAGGCAGAGAGGACAAAGAGGACAGUCCAAUGACAGGGUAAGAGGAGGGAACGAUAGUGGAGAGGCCACUCAAAAAGAGAGAGGACCGAGAGAGAGAGGCCAGAGAGGACAGUCCACUGACAGAGAGAGAGGAGGAAACGAGAGAGUAGAGACCACUCAGAAAGAGAAAGGCCAGAGAGGACAGUCCACCGACAGAGUGAGAGGAGGAAAAGAGAGAGGAGGGACAGAGCGAGGCCAGACAGGACAGUCCACUGAGAGCGGAGAGACCACUCAGAGUGAGAGAGGAGCGAGAGAGAGAGGACAGUCUGUGGAUCAACAGAGAGGAGCGAGAGAGAGAGGACAGUCUGUGGAUCAACAGAGAGGAGCGAGAGAGAGAGGACAGUCUGUGGAUCAACAAAGAGGAGGGAAAGACAGAAGAAGGGGAGAGGAGAAGCAGUCUCCUUCAUGGGCGACCACAGAAACGGGCAGGAAGGAGAGGGAGAGUCAUUCCGGAGAGGUACAGGCUGCAGAGGACUCAAACUCCCACAAUGCUUUGCGCAGCGCAGAGAGUGGGAAGCCAUCAGUUAAGACCCUCAAAACACAGCCUGCAGAGGACUCAAACUCCCACAAUGCCUUGUCCUGUGCAGAGAGCAGGAAGCCGUCAGUUAAGACCCCCGAAACACAGCCUGCAGAGGACACUCCCCUACUGGGCUCUAAAGACUCCGCCCCUAUGACACGCCCCGCCCCCAAUCAACCCCACAUACACAUCCCCACACACACUCAGCCCACACACACCCCUCAGCCAACACACACCCCUCAGCCAACACACACCCCUCAGCCUGGCUCCAGCGACUCCAGCUUUCAGAGACACCCUGACACUGGUUCAGAGGGACCCGCCCCACAGAAGGAGCUGCCCAAUCCAGGGGAGCAGAACCGAGCCAAGCCCGCUCCCAAGCCCGCCCCCAAGCCUGCCCCUAAACCCGUCCCCAGACCCGCCUCCAGACCGGAGAUUUCCGCCUUGGCAGACUAUGCCCGCCUCAGGGUUCUCCCGCAGCAGAACAGCGACGUCACAGCUGACGACACCCUGUUCCCCAUCGCGCACCUCAGCCAACACAUUGCUGUUUCCAUGGGGACGACCACAGAGCUGUCUCUCGAGGCUGCGGCCUCUGCUGACAGAGCCAAGCGAGAGGCUGAGGCCAACAUGGCGCGUGUGAUGAGAUACCGUGAGAGAGAGAAGCACGCCGCCACCCGAGCACCAGAUCCGCCCAGCAUCAGACGUGAGAACCGCACAGAACGCAGCAACACAGAACGCAUCAACGCGGAACGCAGCAACGCGGAACGCAACAAUGUGGAACGCAGCAACACAACGGAACGCAACAAUGCGGAACGCAACAACACAGAACGCAGGUACACGGAACGCAGCAAGGCUGCUUCCACUGCAGAUCAGCAUGAGCAAAUCAGACAGAGCGAUUUGAGUGGGACGUUGCUCCGACAGCACGGCAAUCAGUUGGGUCCCCAGCACGGCCCAAUCACUGCCCUCACGCAACCAGCGCAGGUCAAAGGUCGUCGCCGUGGAACCUCUCUGCCCCGAGAAGCCAUUCGAGACCGGUCCAGUGAGAGGGAGUUCUAUCACCAGGCUACCCAGCAACGUGGCCGACCUGGUGUUCCCAAGAGGGGAGGGGCCAAUGAUGAGGGGGUGGUGCCAGAGAGAGGUGUGGGCGUGGUAUGUGAUCCAGGGGUGGGGCAGGAGGCGGAGCCACUGCAGUAUUACUCAGUCAGUUCUCUGGAGCCAGAAUCCAAACCAGCGCCAGUUCCACACCAGCACACGACAACACCCACACACAAACCAGCACCAGACAAUCGGGCACCACCCCAAGGGCAUACACACACACACACACAACAACCCGGCCCUGAGCACCCGGCAACCCCUAAACACACCCCACAGCAUGCAGGACGAGAGACUGGACCACCUGCCAUAAGUGGCAGUGAGAACGGCUUUCCCCAGGAUCACCCAACUACUGGGAGAGAUGAGGAUGGCUUUACCCAGCAUGCACUGCCUGCCACAGGAAGAGGACAACCCCAGGUGGACCACGGGAAGGCACAGGUCAUUAUGACUCCGCGGUCCAACCCUUCCUCUCCUGCGCUCGGGAAGCCUACCAUGUUCAAUGUGAAAGACAACACCUUCAGGGUCUCCUCGGUAACCAAAACCGUGAAGCCACUCUUCCACCGCAGCGUGGCCGAGAGCUUCCGAGCAUGGUCACCGCGGGAGACAGGGGCCGAGAGGGCAGAGGACCUCCAAUAUCCCCCCGCCGACCCCCACUUCACCCCCAGCAACGUCCCCCACUCUGACCACUUGGCCGCAGCCGCACUGCACCACCUCUCCCGCGCCAGAGACGCCCUUUCCCAUGAUGCCCUGCCCUUGGCUGAGUCACCAGCUCCGCGGGAGUAUAUGGGGCGGUUCCGGCGGAGCCUGGCGCUGGAUGAUGACGACACUCGUUCACUGGUGAGCGUCCUGUCGGAGGACGUGGACGGGCUGUCCGAGGUGGAGCGCCCCGAGUCGGCCUGCAGCAUGAGCAGCGAGCGGUCUGGGCGACCCCCCGCCGUGCCCCCCAAGUCGGAGAAGGCCCUCCGCCGCGCCAAGCGCUUGACCACGCGCCGCCUCAAGAAGACCGAGGCCAAGCCGGUAGCCAGCGUCCCAUCCUCACCCACCAACGUGGUCAGCGCGCCUCAGCAGCUGGCGCACCCAGCACACACUCAUGCCCACUACCACCUCAGCACCGGGUAUGCUCCCACGGCAACGGAGGUGGUCAGCCCGUCAUACCCAGUUGCCCAGCGACGGCUGCUGCAGGACCCUAACUCUGGUCAGUACUUCAUGGUGGAUGUGCCGCUGCCCGUGAAGACCAAGACCUUCUUCGACCCCCAGACGGGGAAGUACGUGCGCCUGUCAGUGCGCCAGUCACCAGAGGGGGCGCUGUCCCCGCCGCGCUACAUGCUGUACCCGGGGUACGUGCCCGUGCCAGUGUCUUCGCUGCCCACCGCCCGCUCCAGCUCGCAGAUGUCCGCCCCCGCCACCCUCAUGCAGGAACAGGACAUCCCAGAGCCCUCAGGCGCCCCCUGGGGGCUGGAGGUGGAACAGCAGCACUACAGCAGGGAGAAUCAGGGGCAGGACCGGGGCAGAGGGCGUGGUGGCUACAGGACGCAGGAGGAACCGCAGGAGGACGCUCCGCUUUACACGACGCAGCGAGAGGGCAGCAGCUCACAACGCCACCUCAACAUCAUCCCCAUGAGCGAGCUGGAGGACUUCGCCAUGGAAAGUAUGUGAUGUCACGACGCCACCUCAACAUCAUCCCCAUGAGCGAGCUGGAGGACUUCGCCAUGGAAAGUAUGUGAUGUCACGACGCCACCUCAACAUCAUCCCCAUGAGCGAGCUGGAGGACUUCGCCAUGGAAAGUAUGUGAUGUCACGACACCAUGGAGAGUGCGUGACGUUUGCAGGAUCACAAGCAUGUGUAUCAACUGGAGUGUGCGAAGAAGGAAGCCUAGACUGAUACCCCUGCUCUUCUACAGCUGGCUGAUCAUUGUGAACUGAUCAGUGUGGACUGAUUUUUUCUGAGCUGUUCUCUCCGGAUGAACGCUGCAGUUGUCUUAUAUAAAGCUGAUGUAAGCUCUAUACUCUACAAGCUGAUCUAUCUCAACUGAACUCAGUGCACUGUUCGCUGGGAACUGAUCUCUAUGAUCUUGUCAUGCUUUAAACUGAUCUUGAUAAAAACUGUUCCCUGUGCACUGAUCUCUAUGGCUUUUGGGCGGAUCUUUGUGCGAACCGCAGCCAGGUGUGGACAUCCCCUGACCCAGAUGGGAUACUUCAGACAGCUGUUGGACGCGAGAGUGGACGGGUCAUUCUAGAGUAAUCCCAAUGGAGUCCAAACUCCUAAGACUGAUCGCGGUGCGAGGCUGUGCAUCUCCCUCUCACUAGGCUGCUCUGUGUGUGUGUGUGUGUGUGAGCCUCAUGUAUAGCUUUGCUGCUCUGUGUGUGUGUGUGUGUGAGCCUCAUGUAUAGCUUUGCUGCUCUUUGUGUGCGAUGUCUGUCCGUCACAGUUAAACAUCUGAGUUAAUGUGUUUCACUGCUGAUGUUGAUUCUGAGAGGUAUGAGUGCUCUCUGAUGGAGCACCAGGAGAAGCUGAAAACAUCACCCAAGACAUGACCUUGCUGACCUUUAUGCUGUUGAGGCUAUUCAUGUCAUUUGUAACCAUAAUGCAGUGAAGUUGAUAUUAUAUUUGUGCAUACUGCUCAGUGUUUUAGGCAUUCUACUGCACUUUUUAAACAUGCUCUUGUCAUUUAACGUGUGAAGGAAAAGCUCCUGACACUCACAGGAGUGAAUCAGGACGCCCUCUCACUGUGUCUUCAUACUGUUCUCUUAGAUGUAAACAACACAAAGGACACCCCACCCCUGUAGAGUUGCCAUCUGGAAUCUCUACAGUCAGUGGUGCUUACUAACGACUGUUAUAGAGAGAACUGCCAAUCAUUCCAUUUUUCAGAGUGUGUUUUGGAGUGUGUUGGGAGUGUGUUAGGAGUGUGUUAUGAGUGUUCUUAUAGUCAACGCCUUAAGAAAAAUGAAACAUUUUAAAUGAUGCUAAGCUUCUCAGGUGUCUGCUGAGUUUGAGACAGUGCUCCUUCCUCAUAUGGAUACCUGGUGCGGAAUGGCGCACACACAAACACCAUGGCGUAGGGGAGAGGUCCUCACACACACACACACACACACACACACACACACACACACACACACACACACACACACACUGUGGCCAGUUGGUUACAGAGGGGAGGCAUGGAGUGGAGCGGAGUUGAGUGUGUUUACUGUGAAGCAGAGUUUGUAGGUUCCUAGGGCUUGUGUGAAAUGUAUCCACCUAGGACCAGAUAGGGUUGUGUGUGUGUGUGUGUGUGUGUGUGUGUGUACACAGAUGAAUGUGUUGGAAAGAAAAGCCAUGAUAUCUUAUAUGAUAUCUUAUAUGAGCCAUGAUAUUUUAUCUAUAAAAUACUGCAACAUGGCUACGCCACUGCACUGUGUGUGUGUGUGUGUGUGUGUGUGUGUGUGUGUGUGUGUGUGUGUACACAGAUGAACAUGGCUACGUCACUGCAGACCCCUUAGAAGGAGCCUUGUACCAUAAGCCUUUGAAAUUAAGAUUAAAUUAGAAUUUUCAAAUAACAAAAUACGUCUGUGUUUUGAUUUCCUUCCCAGUUCACAUGAAUGAGCCGUGCCGGUCAGAGUCCGGCCUUUUGUGUGUGUGUGUGUGUGUGUGUGUGUGUCUUUAACUUGCCUGUUCGUUUUCUCUGUCUGGGUCUCAGACUCCAGACAGGCGAUGUUUCCUUGCUCUAUGGCAGCCUCUAGUGGUUGAUUGUGGUACUACACCACACAGCAGCUGCACUGUUGCAGGGAUACUCCUCUGUAUACACUCCCCACUACAUAAAGCCCAGAGACAAAUGUCUUAUUGCUAGACUAUGAGUAGAAAAAACAAAGUUUGUGUUAUGUUUGACUGGAGUACAUAUAACAGAAAGUGCAUUAUAAUAGAAAGUGUUUGAAUAAGAGUUGGUGUUACAGUUUUUCUUGAUCGCUUUAAUGCUUGUCAACUCUGACAUCACGUCUUCAAAACAAUUAACACGCAGGUCUAAACAAAAGCACUCUGACCAAAAUGCCACAUUUUGCUUGCAAAAGGCUCUUACUCUCUCAAAACAUUUAAAACACGCAGCAAAAGUAAAUUUGCCUUCAAACCUGGGCCCACUUCCCCGAAAGCAUCUUAAGCCUAAGA